UAGUGUGUUGUCAGCAGUGCUGUGUACGGGGUUACGUCAGCUGCUGACUGAGAGGGCUUUGAGAAAGACGGGCCUAGCUGUCGCUGAGGCCUGUGAACAGCUUGGAGUCACCCUGCCUGUCUGCAUUCUGUCUUGUUGUGGAGUAACAGCUGAGACUGUAAACCGCUAUAAAUCCUGAGGAUAAAUAUUCAGGGAGGAAAGCUGAGAGAGUGAGGGUGAUGGGUACAAUAUGGAGACAGUAGUAUUGAGUUGUAGCGUAAAUAGUGAGGGGUUAAAUUGAGGGAGUCGUAUUGGGAGUUAAUUUUGAGGGGGAAUGGUAAAUAUUGGGGAGUGCAAUAGUAUGAGUAGAUUUUGAGGCAAAACACUGGAGGGGGUGAAUUCUGAGGGACAAAUGAUAUACUUGAGGGUAAUGAAUCAGCAAGAGGGAGUAAAUACUGAUGAAAAAGGACAAGGAUGAAUUGUUGAGGGAAUGGGAAAAUACAAGAGAAUUCAUAGAAACUGUUAAAUGUAGGGAACGCUAGGGAAGAGAAUUGAGUUACUGUGUAAAUAUAAGGUUUAGAGUGGUGAUGAGUGCAGUGUGACAGUUAUAAAGUAAGGGAAUGCUGAUACAUUAAUCCGUCAAUUAAUAGGCUAAAACGCAAAUCAAAGCAGUGGAGGAGAUCAGGACUAGAGGGAGACGGGACCAGGAUAAUUCUGACAGGACCCAAAUAAUUGUUGAUGGGUUGAAGUCGAGAUGCCUUGGCCUUUCUCUGAAUCGAUUAAGAAGAGGGCAUGCAGGUACUUGCUGCACCGAUAUUUGGACCACUUCCUGGAGGAGAAGUUGAGUCUGGAGCAGCUGAGUGUGGAUCUCUACCAGGGAACAGGCUCCCUUGCACAGGUUCCACUGGACAAAUCGUCCCUAAAUGAAAUCCUGGAGUCACUUGAUGCACCUUUGGAAAUAAUUGAAGGAUUUAUCCAAAACAUUUCUGUUUCGAUACCAUGGGCAUCACUCCUGCAGGAAAACUGUGCAGUGGAGAUACGGGGAUUGGAGAUGGUCUUUCGACCCAAGCCUCGGAUAGUGUCUGGUUCGGAGCCAAUGUACUGGUCCAGCUUUAUGACAGACAGUAUGCAGCUGGCCAAAGAGUGCCUGAGUCAGAGAUUGACAGAUGAUCAAGCUGAUGGACCGCAGCCGUUUGAAGGGCUUGAGAAAUUUGCAGAAACCAUUGAAACAGUUUUAAGAAGAGUCAAGCUUACGUUUCUAGAAACUGUCCUCAGGAUUGAGCAUGUCCCAGAGAACUCAAAAACUGGGAUUGCCCUGGAGGUUCGAAUACAGAGAAUUGAGUACCGUGAUGAAUCAGCAAAUGAGAGUCCAGAUAUUAACAUUCAUCAUCCCACAGCUUUUGCCCAAAAGAAUCUGCAGCUGUGCGGGAUCACAUUGUCUUGGCAUGAAUUCCCUGAAAGUGCGAAAACAUCACCCAGAACUUCACCAAUGCAGGAAAUGGAACCAAAGCUGUCUCCAAGCUGGAACCCAAAAAUAGUUUCAGAGCCUCACCCACAAUUCACAAGGAAGGCUUCCGAUGCUGUUCUCUUCGAUCCAGUCCAGAUUGGGAGCUGUGAAGGGGAAGUGGUACUAAAACUCACGUUGAACCAGAAUGAAGCACUUCCAGUGGCCAAGCUGGAUGUGGAGGGACAGAUCGAGUCUGUCAAUUUCUUCCUGUCUCCGCGACAGGUUCACCUCCUGUUGGAUAUGCUGAGCACCAUUCUACUGCCAGGGUGUGCCGAGGCAACAACUGUUCCUUCAAAGAGCCGGAGAAAUCGGCCAAUGCAGCAGGAGGAUCAAUAUCUGAUUCAAAUGGAACUCAACCGAUACAUGCAGAAGGAAAAGGGUUCCCCUGGCAUCUCAGCAGAGCAAAGCUAUUACGAGACAGAAACUGUUCGAACAACUUCAAGCAGAGCAGAAGAUGAUGUCUUCUUCUCAAUGGCAGACAUGGAAAUGUCAAACAGUAUGGCAUCUCUUCCACCCCUCGGAGAGCCAACAAUUGAUAUGGAGUUAUCAUUGAGCAGCACACAUGCCAACUCAACCGGCAGCUCUCCACAGAGCACACCAGGGUUUUCGACGUCAUGGGAUGAUUACCUGGAUCACUCUGGGCAAGGUGGCCGAAUGGUACGGGAGUCGGCAUUUAAUUCGAAAGAAUUACCAAUAACACAGAGACCUCUCCGACCCAGCAGUCUACAUUCCAAAUCGCAUUCCAAUGAUGAAUCCAGACCUCAGAUUGUUAUCCGGCUGAUUGUUGACAGUCUUUCCAUAUCAGUGCUGCACAUUGAUCCACUGCCACCACCUGAGAGCCCAUUGCAUCUUGAUCCUCUGAGCAGGAUGGCGUCCCAUUUCUUUGAGCAGUUGAAGACCCUCGAUCUGCCUUCAUUCCUUACAGGGGAUUUCAAUACCCUCCGACCCAAGUUUGCUGCAGCUUGUCCUCAUGACCAUCUCAGGUUCUUUGCAACUGGCAUCAAGCUGAGCUAUGAACAACGACGGGGCACCAGUUCUCGAAGUUUAAACACAGAUGUCAGCAUUAAUUGGAUGGAACUACUAGAAUGUCUCUUCCCUACGGAUUCAUUGACUGUCAUACCUCAAUAUACAGAGCUGAUUACUUUUCAGUCAGAGAGUGAAACUGGAGCUCAUCCCACACCUUUAGUACAGCUUCACUAUAAGCAUAUCGACCGAAGAGGAGUUCAGGGCAGCCAAGGGAGACUAACAGCAGUGCCACAAAAGGCAGACCUACAGAUUGAGCUAGGCCUGGUUCAGUCAGAAUUGGACAUUAGCAUUGUGGACAGGCUCAACUCGUUACUGCAGCCUCAGAAACUUGCUACGGCAGAAAUGAUGGCAUCACACAUGUACACCUCCUUUAACAAACAUGUCAGUUUGCAGAGAGCCUUCACUGAAGUUUUCCGUGAUGAUUCUGCCUCGCCUGCUAACCAGCGGACAUCUGUACAGCUCACCACAGCUUUGUUCAAGCUGGCUAUCCGCUUCCCAAUCCCAGACCUUCGAUCUGACCAGGAAAGAGGACCCUGGUUCAAGAAAUCGCUACAAAAGGAGAUUCUGCACUUGGAAUUCAGCGAGGCAGAAUUUAAGACUGAGUUAUUUGGGAGUUUAUCCCAUGAGCAGCUCAAGUUGGAGCUCACUUUCAAAGAACUGCUUGGUAAAUUCCAGGAAGAUCCUGCAACACCACCUUUCACCUUUUUUAAAGUGUCAUAUGGUGCUGAUGGAGACAUGUCAACUUCCGACAGCGGGAAGUUUGAUUGGCCAAGGGUUGUAUUGAAGGUGAAUCCGACAGUGGUGCAUUCCAUCUUGGAGCGAAUAACGACAGAGGAAGAGGAACCUGGCAGUCACUUACUGGAAGACGAAGAAGGUGGGAGCCAUUCCCUGAAGGACGUUUGUGAUUUGGGAAAGCAAGAGCCAUCACCUUUUUCUUCACGAAGAGUCAUGUAUGAAAAUGAAGAGAUGGUGAUGCCAGGGGAUCAAUUCGAAAUGGGUCAAUUCCAGGAUAAAACCAUAAGCACGUCCCACUACGUACUGGAACUGAUGUUACCUAAUGUCAACCUUACUCUGCCAAACAAAGCGUUCUAUGAGAAGGUGUAUAACAGAAUAAAUAAUGAUUUGUUACUAUGGGAGCCUGCUGCCCCAUCUCCUGUCGAGACUGUUGAGAACAUUACUUACGGGGUUGGACUGUCUGUAGCCAGCCAGUUAAUCAACGCAUUCAACAAAGAGAAUCUCCCUCAACUCAAGUCAACACUCCUCCUCCAGGACGAUGACGAGAGUGGUUCUGAUGAAGAGACUCUGCAGUUUUGCCCUAGUACUGACCCUGCCCACCGUUCACGUCGUAAAAAGAAAGUUGAACAACCGAACAAGAAUUGCCAGAGCUUUCUGUCGAUCCUUCUUAAUGUGUCACAUGGGCUUGUGAGCAUAUACACUGAUACCAAGAGUGAAGAUGGCACGCUGUUAGCUGGGAAGCAUGGUGAAUUCUGGCUGGAGAUUGAAAAUGGAAGCUUAUUCACUGUGGGGAAGUAUCAAGGCUGUGAUGGUCAGCAUUAUUUCUGUCUCCAAACAAGCAAAGUCUUCCUUUGUCACCAAGGAGUAGUUGAGGAUGUAUGUGCCCCUGGUGAUAUAAAGCUCCCCAGCAAGUCUCUGCCUCCUUGGGUUGAACCUACCAUCUACAAGUCUGAGGAGGGUGCUCUGACCAAGCAGGCUGCUGCACCAGUGGGAGUUGGUGUAGAAAGUCCAAACAUGCUCUCCAUCGCAGUGAAAGUACAUCACAACAGAAAUGAGAGCAACAUGAAGGAGAUCCUGGUGGCUGUCGGGUUGCGUGGGGCCACCCUCCAGCAUCGCAAUGUGCCUCCAGGGCAGAGUUGGUAUGAGCAGUUUGUGGAUUUUCUGAAUAUUGCUGAUGAACCAGUUUUGGGUUAUGCUCAUCCAGCAAAUGAAACUACCUUUCACCUGCAUCUCUGGAGUUGUGCCCUGGACUACAGGCCACAAUAUUUACCAGUUAGAGCACUAGUCACUGUUGAAACCUUUACAAUAUCCAGUAACAUUGUUCUGGACAAGUAUUGCUCCACUCUCAGAAUUAUUAUUGAUGAUGCUGCAUUGUACUUGUCUGAAAAAUGUCAUCUAUCUGCAGUAAAUUUAAAGAAAGAUUACGUGCGUGUCCUGGACAUGGGGUUACUGGAAUUCCAAAUAACUGCAUCAAAGCAGACUGCAGAAGCAGAGAGGCCCCGGUUUGAGCUUCGAUGCGCAAGUGACGUCAUCCAUAUCCGGACGUGUUCUGAUUCUUGUGCUGCCCUUAUGAAUCUCAUCCAGUAUGUGGCGAGUUACGGCGACCUACAUCCACCUUGCAAAUUCCAGGCCGCUGCAGGAACAGCAGCUCAGAGAAGCAGGGCUGGUUCAGGUGACAGUGCUCCCUGCCGAACCUCCGGCCUUGCUGAAGCCGAGCAAAAGCUCUUACGGGACCUGAUGAUCGAUGCGAUGGAAGAGAUGGAUAUCGCACCGUCUUCGCCUCCUACUACUCAAGCCUCACAGCACUCAAAUGGGAUCUACGAUGACCUCAUUCACGAGCGUGAGCCAGCUCGGUCUGACCUGUUUCUGUUCCCCGAUGAGAGUGGAAGUUCUUCACAAGAACACAGCCCAAGUUCCACCAUGAUCUUCCCGGAACAUCAUGCAGUCUACCCCACCUUCCCCAGUGAGCAACCUGAGAGUGAGGAUUUCUGUAUCCUGGAGGCACCAAAAAUGGCGAUCAUGAGAGAGACUGAGCCUGUCGUGAGGAUGUUGAAUUCCGGACCGAUCCUCAUCAAAGAUGACUACUUCUCACAACCAGUGAAGAAGCUGGACACAAGCAAAUCACCACUGCACCUUCCAGUCCCUGAGAUCCGAUAUGUGGUGAAGGAGAUCUCGGUUGUCUGGCACCUUUAUGGAGGAAGGGACUUCGGAACUGCCCUGUCUGCACGUUCUCCUGUGAAAAGCAUAACACCUAAAUCUGCUUCCAGCUCCUGUCAAGGCUCGCCAUCUCAGUCGUCAGCCCGCCAUGGCCGUUCUGCCCGGCGUAUUCAGGGUGGACCAGGGAGGAAUCAUGAUGUCCUGAUGGAGAUUCAGUUCAGCAAGGUGAAAUUUCAGCACGAAGUGUACCCUCAGACAGAUUUUCAUGAAGAUCCAAGUUCAGCAGAGCGUCCCAUUUCACGACAAGUCUUUAUCGUUCAAGAUCUUGAGAUCAGAGACCGUCUUGCCACAUCCCAGAUGAACAAAUUCCUCUACUUGUAUUCGAGCAAAGAAUUCCCAAGAAAGGCUCAUUCUAAUAUGCUAACUAUUAAGGCAUUACACGUGAGUCCAGAUUCCACUCAGAUGCCUCGUGAGUGCUGUUUACGCAUCACACUAAUGCCCCUUCGAUUAAACAUCGAUCAGGAUGCACUGUUUUUCUUGAAGGACUAUUUUACCAGCCUGGCUACCGAGGUAGAGCUGUUAAUUCCUCCAGAUCCUAUACAAGAGGUGAGAAAAACUCCUGGAACUGACACCAGCAGCAGCCUUUCCAAAAAUGGAACCACUGCUGCAGACCAUGGCCCCAUUAUUACUCUGCCGGGUCACAGCAAACACAGGCCGGAUCCUUUAACUGCUGCUAGCAGGGUGCCAGUCAGCGAGCCAGAGGCUGUCUCAGUGCCAUUCAGGGAUCAGCCAAUCUUCUUCCGGGAAUUUCGCUUCACAUCAGAAGUGCCAAUCCGACUGGAUUACCAUGGCAAGCACAUGUCCAUGGAUCAAGGUACCUUAGCAGGGAUCCUAAUUGGACUGGCCCAACUGAACUGCUCGGAGUUGAAGUUGAAGAGGUUGUGUUACAGACAUGGAUUGCUGGGAGUGGACAAGCUCAUCUCCUAUGCAUUGAAUGAGUGGCUGACUGACAUCAAGAAAAAUCAGCUGCCCGGUAUUCUCGGCGGUGUGGGACCCAUGCAUUCCUUGGUGCAAUUAGUUCAAGGACUGAAGGAUCUGGUCUGGCUGCCCAUAGAGCAGUAUCGCCGGGAUGGCCGCAUUGUGAGAGGCCUCCAACGCGGAGCAGCCUCGUUCGGAACCUCCACUGCUAUGGCUGCAUUAGAGCUGACAAAUCGCCUUGUACAGACCAUACAGGCAGCAGCAGAGACGGCCUAUGACAUGGUUUCCCCAGGCACGACUACACCCGGUUUGAUGAGGACCAAGCGUAUCUCUCAACACCGAUUGGCCCAUCAACCUGUUGAUUUGCGGGAAGGAGUCGCUAAGGCAUACGAUGUAGUAAAAGAGGGGUUCACGGACACAGCUCACAUGAUCUACGAGACUGCAGCACGGGAGCAUGAGCAGAGGGGUAUGACUGGAGCAGUGGGAGGUGUCUUGCGGCAAAUCCCACCAGCUGUGGUGAAGCCACUCAUCGUUGCAACGGAGGCUACCUCCAAUGUGCUCGGUGGGAUGCGAAACCAGAUUCAGCCAGAUGCCCGUCAGGAAGAGUCCCAGAAGUGGCGUCUUAGCGACCAGUAAUUGUCAAAGCAAAUAUCAGCUUCCCGGGAAAGGACAGAAAUGUUCAUGAAGCUUUGAACUCCCAAUGCUGGGAACCAACCAGGAUUCACUACACAUUACACUUUCCUGCCUGUAUAUUUUGGUCUCACUUUGUUCAGUGAAGUAAAAAAUACAACAGACAGUAUCCUUCAGGUGAGCUGAUAAUUUGACUGAUCUGAUGCUGCAUAGAAUAUUCACCCAAUGUAUUUUAGAGAUGGCAUGGAGAUAUAUUUUUCAAAAACAGAAGCGUGUGAAUAGUGUGACUGCCUCAGCGAGGAUUCUGCUGCUCAUCUCAGUUUGGCAAGGUCAUGGGAUUGAGACCGUUGUUGCUUGGAUGCACUGCAGAUUGUAACCCAUCAGCUCUAAGAGUAAUCUUGUAGAUUCUUAAUUUUAUUGUUUCCAAAGCAAGGGUGAUAAUCAUUCUGUCAUCCUGACUGACAUAACUUGUAACUGACAAGCCGAUCCAACCCCCGAAACCCAGAACUUGCUUCUGCGCCUGCAACUUUCCAUGAUGCCAAGCCCAUUGCUCAAGCCUUUAAUGACUAAACAUAAUAUACUUUCUUUAGCUGUGCACUGACUAUCUUGACAAUUGCUUGCUGAGACCUUUGCCAGAAAUAAUUUGGUUUAAUUCAAAGGGAUAUAGUACAUUCCCAGUUUUUAUUUCUUUUCUAGUGGGCCAGCCUAAUAUUGUGUGCCCCAGUGCUGCAGUGACAGGACAGAUCCAGCACAUCGAAAAGAUAAGUAACCGAAGCCACACAGCUCAUGCAGCUCUGGUAUCAGUAGAAGCUUAGCUCCAGCUUGCCUGAACAUCCUCUUGGAUGGGAAAUAGUUUCAGCUUUUGUGAAAAUUAAAAAGGGGUAUGUUUACUUUGGAGGUGGAAGGGGUUGGCAGGGAAAGGAAAUGAGUGGAGGGACAUUUGACUGUCCAAUACCUAUCUGUGCAAAACAUUCUGGUUCUCCUGUUGAAAUGUUGCAUCCCCAAUAUUCUGCAAUAAUUAUCUUCAAUCUGCUGUGGAAACAUUUAAUCCCCCAAAUUAUGGAAGAAAACAAACAGCCAUUUUGAUUAAUUGUAUCCCAGGGCUAAAUUCAUAUCGGACUAUGCAGGCAAUCAAACCCAAUAAUUCUGGAUAAAAGAAAUGUACUCGGUAUUUCAAGGUUCACCCCCCACGCACGCACUAGAACAAAAACGUGCAAACUCCUGCAGCAUAUGCAGCAGAAAGAGAACUUGCAGUUUUUUGGGAGGGCAGGGAGUGGAGAUUUGACUUUCCUGUAAGAGCUGGUGUAAAUGAUGUUGGUGUUCCAGGGCGUUGACAUCCUAAAACCUAAUUUCAAAUUCUUCUAGUUUGAGUGUAAAACCACAUUACAUUAAAAACCCACAGAUAUCAGCAAGCUACAGCAUCUUGCUCCCGCCCUUAACCAUUUACACUUAGAUGAACCCCAUUGAAUGGAGAUGAAGAAAAACAGCCCAGUUAUGAAUGGGCUAAUAACAGGAUACUCAGAUGAAUAUUACUUCAUAACUACAGUGCAGAGAACACUUCCUGCUUUUCAAUCUUAUCAUUUUGAGUGGGAGAGAGGAAGAUUUUUUUCUAUUAUUAUUUGGGUUUUUUUGUUGGUGCUAUCACUUUUCUUCAGCCAAUGUUGAGUUGAAAAAGAAAUGAACGUUAAGUGGCAAGUGGUGAGCACAGCUUGCUAUAUAGACCUGCACCUCCAACCUCAGAGGGGCCCCAGCUCAGUUAUUAUUGUGUUCAGUCUUUCUCGCUUUUUACUCUUGCUCUCAAAAAUAAGGCGGGGGCGCUGUUGUUUGGAAGGAUAGAUGCAACAAUCUUACUGCCCAUACUUGUGAUCUUAAGUAUUGUUUUUAAAAAUUAUUGGGCAAAAGUAUAAUAUAGACAGCACAGGAUAGAGUUCUAAACCACCUCCUCAUUCCUUGUUACUGAGAGAAUUUAAAAAAUAUAGUCAAUAAGAAUUAGAAAUGUGACUAAAUGCCCAAAACUUGUGUAUAAUUCUUGCUUUUUGACACUUGCACUUAAAAAUUAAGUUCCUUGUAACAUCACUGUUGUCUAUGGGUACAGCUGCACUAUGCAGUAGGAUUGUUACAAUAUUUUUGAUGCUUUGUAUAAUUUAAUUUUCUUUGUACAGCGGAAUUUUAAAAACCUAGCAUUUUUGUGAGUUUAUUUAGAAUUCUGUAACUGUGACAACUGUUUAAAUAUUUUGAAUAAUAUUGUUGCUGUGGUUGUAUCAUAGCGUUUGUUAAGAAGGAAUAUACCAUAGGCAAUGAACUUAAAGGGAAAAAAUAAAUAAUACAGUCUUGUGUAUAAUUGUACAUGUAUAUUAUCCUGCUUUGUCUGUUGGCUACCAUGGUGAUGGAUUAAAUUUAUACUGCGUUGAC